AUGCGACGAUAUUCAGAAAAUACAGAUUCUAGCAAAUCUCAAAUUUCAAUUAAAAAAAAAGGACUAAAGAUAGCAUAUUAGUCUUGGUUAAUAAUAUUAGGGAUCAUAUUACUAACCUUAUCAAUACUAUCUUAUUCAUCUUUCUAAUACACAAUUGAUAAUUAUGAAUAUAUCAUACUAAAUUGGCAUCAACAACCUUUAGUUUAAAUUAAAAUCACUAAUGGAAGUUGUUCUUAAGAAGUAGUUUAUCUAUCUUAAGGAAAUAGGAAGAACCUUUAAUUGAAUAUAAAUGGCCUGGAACAAUAGAUGGAUGUGACUGUUCUACAAAAACAAGAUUAUUAUAAGAGGAAAACAUUUAGUCAUUAAAACUAAAUGAAUUGAUAGUAGGUAAAUAAUGCAAUUAAACACAAUUACGAUCUGGAUGUUCAACAAUCAGCAGUAUAAAUGAAAAAUAAUUUAUUUUGUUUCCAAGUUCAAAUAAUAAAACAGGAUUCUAAUUAUGUGCAACAAGAGAAAAAGAUAAUAAUUUUUAUAAAUGGGCACCUAAACGUAAAGAUUGUCGUGAUGGAUUUUUAAAAUGUGGAGAAAAUGAUGAUCAAUUUUAUUGUACUUAAGAAAAAGUAUGUCCUAUAAGAAGAAUAGGAUUAAAAAGUAAAAAUAUUCUAGAAAAUUAAGAGGAAGGAAAUACUUUGGACUAAGAUACAAUAAUUUAUUCAAGAACUUCAAAUGAAUAUUUACCAGUAGCAGAAAUUAGAAUAGGAUAAGGAGGAGUGUGUUUAAGAAAUAAUGAAUAUGGUAUCACAAAUGGAAGGGAGGAUUAUCCACUUAUGAGGAUUAAAAGAAAGGAAUGUUAAUAUGACCCAAGAUUUGAAGAAGUCGCUUUAACUACAGAAGAUAUUUUUUAUAAUAUUAAUGGUUUAUCUAAUUUAAGUAAAGUUUUAAAUGGUUUUGAAAUUUCAAAUCAAACUAAAUGGGGUAUAUAUGAAUAAUUAUUAUUAAGGAUUGUAUUAGAGAUCAUAUAUUCCUUGGAAAAUGAAAUGUAGAGGAUAGGAAUUAAAUGAAUUCUUAAAUCAAUAAAUAUAUUUGAAUGAAAUUUUGGAUGGAUUAACAUCUUAGCUUGUUAUUUCAGUAUUUUUCUUUGUUAUUAUCUCAAUUGUAUUAAGUACAUUUACUUUUAUGAAUAUUAUGGGAAAGUAAAUACCCUGUUUAUAAACAAAAGAUUAAGAUGAGACAUCAAAACGACUAUUUUUAAUUGAAAUUGGUGUUAAAUUUGUAAUUUAUGUACCAUUUGCUAUAUUAAUAUCACUUGAAUUUAGUAAAAUUCAAAAAGAAUUAGAUUUUUUGGAUUAAGUCAUAAAUCUUGAUUGCUCAGAUAUUUAUGUUAAGAAUCAAUUAAAUUCAAUGAGAGAAAAUUUAAUGUUUGGAGUAUAUUAAUUAAAUUCUGCUCAAUUUUAUCUCUUUUUCAUCACUGUAUUGAUUGACAUUCUUUUCAUUGGAUAUACAUGUUACUAUAAUAGAUAAAAUAAAAACAUAGAAAAAUGA